AUAUUACUCUAGUUAGGGUGCAGAUGUAAUGCGCAUGUAAAAGUUUAAGUAGGUAGAUAUGCAAAUUUCAUAAAAUAUAUGUUUUUAUGUGUGCAAGAAUUGAUAAGCAAAUUAAAAGCAAACCAGUUAACUGCUAAAUUUUUUUAAAAGUGCUUUUACUGUGCAAGGCAGAAUACAUUAUAGCUAUGUCUUUUUUGUUUCCUUUAAAAAAUGUAUUUGUUAUUUUCUAUUGGCAACCAUCAGCUGUUUAUGACAGAGAGCCUUUUGAAUUUUGAAUGGCAAGGAUUUCAAGGUUUUUUCCACAGCAUUGCAACCAUUACAAGAAUGAUAGCAUUUUUUUUUUUUUUGGCUGUAAAGUGAAGGCAUGUAUUGAACUUGUUUAUAUUUAUGUUUCUUUCAUUGCCUUCCUUCAUAUUUUUUAGUUGUGAUGAAUAAUCCUAUGAUGUGUGUGUGUGCUCGCGCCUGUGAGUGCUAGUAUGAAAUGAGGAGCACAUUCAUACCAGUUCAAUGCUUUGCUGUGGAGAUAGCCCCAUAUCACCUCAUCUGAAGAUGAAACGGGCACACACUAGUGAAGUCGAAGCGAAGGCUCCGUCGGACCUUCCUGUGGCGCCACUAUUUCUAGGAUGUGCCCCAAUACAUGCAGGCACUGUUAUGCCAGUAUAAUUGUAUUCAUUGUCCUCACAGCAAGGCUGCUGAUGAAAUAUUCCUCGCACAAUUUUAGGUUGAAAGAUGAAAAUUUCAACACACUGGACCGAACAGGAAGAGAGAAUGCAUUUAGGGUAGCAUAGCAACCAAAAAGAUUGUUUCUCAAACUUAAAAACCUUAGUGCUAGAAUUGUCUUUAAAAUGGCAUUUUUUCUGUGUAUUUUACAAGUAUUGUCUUAUUUCCCUCCCUUAAAUUUGUGCUUAGUAAGCUAGAAAGAUUGUGUAAUGAGACUGAAAAUGAGUUUUGUGAUCUGCAGCAGGGUAGCAAGGGUACCGUCAGCGUCACCCUACCCCACCCCACCACCCCUGGUGUGCACUGAGCGAACGACAAUGGUGUUGACCAUGCAGCGAGGCGCCAGUCCGCAGUGCGCGGGCUAGUACAACAACAUGUUUGUGUAUCAGUAUGGGCGGUAAAUUUCGCAAGUGUCGCUGGGUGAAAACGGAUACGGGCGCGCUCACCCACGCACGCACGCACUUGCACUCACACGCGCACACACGCAAAAUCGCCGCCGCCUGCCGCCUGCCGCGUCGCCCUCGGUCGUUACAGAGUGUACACACCCGCGACGCGGCCCACCGGCCAGUCGGUGUCGUCAAGCUGAGCGACAAGAGAGCGUGCGCUAAAAGUGCAAUGAGCAAGGAACUAGCCGUCAUCAUUCGCUUCGAAGAUCCAUUUCACCAUGGCUGUUUGUUAGCCUGCAGCUGUUCUCUUUUGCCGAAAGCGAAGUACCCUACCCAUCACCUUGUCCUUUCCCGGCCACCUAUUCCCGGAUUCAAGCGUGCAUGCUGUGCAGAUACAGCCUAUAAGAGAACACACGUAGUCGGUGACUGAAGCUGUAGACCAAAUGUCAGCAGUUGUCAAGACUCUCGAUUCGAAGAGAGCAGGAAAUUCUACAGUUCCUACCCACACUACAAACAGCAUCGAAAUCUAGACCGGACAUCCGUGUAAUUUGAUUUUCUCAUCAGCGUUGAUGUGCAGUGAUGGCCACCAGCGAGAAAUACUGACCACAGAGUUGUAGUCACACUGUCAACCAAGCCGGCUUUAACUGACACCAGCAUUUUUCUGUUCGAGCAUCCCAGAUCGCUGCGAUCUUUCUUGCACGAAGCCAGUUUCGCUAGAGUGGGAGGAAAAAAAUCUUCAGAGCGUGUCAUCAUUGUCGUCAUCUUCUCAGCAGCGUCAUUUAUACUUCAUUUCAUUUUGACGUCAUCUUGUGACUGGAAGCCUGUGUUGGAGCUGAUUGACAAGAAACGCCCAGCUGUGCACAAUGCAUCAUGGACAUAAUCUUUAGCCAGCAGGCAUUCAGGGUGUUGCCUUUUUAUAUGCAAGUUGUAUUUAAUCUGCUCGAGUCUUGCGUUGCGGUAGUCGUACAACUUUGAAGAUGAGUUUAGACGUACCGCCGGGCCUCACAGAGCUCCUACAAGAGUUCGCUGUAUGCGUUCUGCGCGAGAGACCGUCAGACCUUGUCAGCUUCGCGGCCAACUACUUCAACAGGCUGAACGACAACAAAACGAGGAACACUGUACAAAAGAAUGAAGCGGUGCGGUUCACGAGUCCAGACACCAAAGCGGUUGGCGAAGACGAGCCAAUGCUGACAGAGUCAGACGAAGAGGUAGAACCACCGCCUGUGGCGGUGCGACUCCGCCGAAAGUCAGUCUCGGCGGAAGGCUACGACCCGGAGGCCGACGAAGAUGAUGGGGAGAGAAACAUCGUCUACCCCAAAAGCGACGAGCAGCGACGGCGCCUGCGAGACGCCGUCAAGCACACACUGCUGUUCCGCUCGCUGGACCAGGAGCAGAUGCAGGUAGUGCUGGACGCCAUGUUUGAGAAGACGGUGGAGAACGGCGACCACGUCAUCAAGCAAGGUGACGACGGUGACAAUUUCUAUGUCAUCGACAAAGGGCGGUUCGACAUCUUCGUGGAUGUGGACGGGCAGCCCAGAUUGGUGGGCCGCUACCGCAACGAGGGCUUCUUUGGGGAGCUGGCGCUGAUGUACAACAUGCCACGCGCCGCCACCAUCGUGGCUAGCUCGCCGGGCUCCCUCUGGGCCCUGGACCGGGUUACGUUCCGACGCAUCGUCCUGAAGGCGGCCUUUCUCAAGCGCAAGGCCUACGAAGGCCUGCUGGAGAGCGUGCCCAUGCUCAAGUCCCUUGACGCCUACGAGCGCAUGAACGUAGCCGACGCCUUGCAGUCCAAGGUCUUCGAAGACGGCGAGCUGAUCAUCAAGCAGGGAGACGUGGCUGACUGCAUGUACUUCGUGGAGGAGGGCCGCGUGCGCAUCGUCAUGCGCGGCAAACCAGAAGCUAACCACCUCACGGGGGAGGAAGAGGUGGAGGUCAACAUCAUCGAGAAAGGAGGCUACUUCGGGGAGCUGGCGCUGGUGACGCACAAGCCACGCGCAGCUUCAGCCUACGCCAUGGGCCGCGUCAAAUGUGCCGUACUAGACGUGCAGGCUUUCGAGCGGCUGAUGGGGCCCUGUAUGGACAUCAUGAAACGCAACAUCGACGUCUACGAGGAACAGUUAGCCGCGAUAUUUGGGCAAAAAGUCAACAUGGACGACCUCCGUUGAACGAUAAAUGCCGCUACUUGACCUUUCUUCCUCCACAGAAGUUGAAAAAAAAAAGAAAUCCAUUCUGUCUUUAAAUAUUGUUCUGCUGGAAUUCUUCACCUGGAACUGUCUGCUUGCUGCUGUUGAGGUCUGUGGUACUUUUAUGAGUAGCAGCGAUGUGUUUUUGUAUUAAGAGCAGAUGUCAAGAAGUGGUCCACACCCUGAUAAACGUUCUGUCAAGUUGGAUGUGAAACUAAGUAAAUGUUACCAGUGAGCAAAUACCCACCUUUCCCUUCUUUCCCGACAAUUCCGAUUAUUCUGUGGCCAGGACAGCACUGAAUUAAAAGUAUGGUGUAUCUUGCUUAAUUUGAACCUUCCUCUUCAUAAAGAAUCAUUAUUUUCUCUACAGUACUGUUAAACGGUUGUAAUAUAAACAGUAUUAAUAAGGAGAUCUGAGGUAUGUAAAGUGUUCCCCGCUUAGAAAUUCUCAACUUGUACCCACAGUUUUGUCUCCCAAAGAGCAGUCAUGAGCUUGUGUGUUCCCAACUUUAAAAAAAAUUCUAUGAUGGUUUUUCUCGUUCUUAUGUAAAGAUGUGGUUGUUUACUUAUUUUUCGAUGUUUACUGAUUUAUUAAUGAAGUUUUCUUCUGACAACA